AUGAUGCACCAUGCCAAUGCCAUCAUGCUGGCAUCUGUUGCCACGGCACGGCCUGUGCCUUUUGCGAUUCGUGAAAUAUUUACUUCCAAAGAAUGCGAUGACGGCAGCAGUACUGCUGCCGCCGUGAGGGACAUGGCGAGGGUCUGCAGAAGCCCGCCAAACUUUCACGUGAGGCUGAACUCCCGAACGAUUGUGUACACAUAUUAUGAGACUUCGGACGUCUCAUGUAGCGGAACGAUGAUCCGCAGUGAGGUUGUGCCGAUUGGCGAGUGUGUUCUCGACCAGGAAGCGUCGGAAAGCAACAACGAAUCUCGCUACACGCAGUGGACUCUGAGAUUGCAUGAGGCCGUCGUAGAACAGGUGUAUGCUUCAGAAGGGUGCUCUGGCAGCCCUAUGGAAACCAAUGCCCUGAUUCUUGGUGUCUGCGAUGAGCCCCGUAGUCGCAUGCUGGCAUGCAAAGGUGGUAUGAUUGAGGAGCUUCACUACGCGGACGCAUGCAGUGGUGACAAUCAAUCAUGGAUGGCUUUUCCUGUGCAGAGCUGCAUUCCCCAUCAUCUUUACGAGAACAGAAGUCGCAGGUUCACCUUCAGCUCAUGCGACAUAAGUUCUGCGAACCGUUUCACCUCUAUCCUGGCGAGCCUUUCGCUUAUAAUAUGGCGAAUCCUGCGAGUUGGCAAUGUCUGA